AUGAACAUAUCUUGCAAUAAGACUAACCCUCCAUUAGGAGGCCUGCUUGCAGCAGAGUUUUAUAGACCAUUAGUAAAAAAAAUAGAAGUAAUAUGGGGUAGUGAAUCCAGUGUCACUCUACCCAAUUCGUCUAAAGCUGUGCCAUAUGGAACAAGCAAUGACUUGAUAAGGAUACUUGAAAAUGCCUUUAAUAAAUCGGCUGGACCACUACAGAAAGUCACCAUGAACCAUUGGCUAUCAUUUAGUCUUGUAUUAGAUGAAGAAAUUUCCCAAUCUAUUGAAUACCUAGACAAGAUCCUUGGCCCCUUAACUUAUCUUGUUGGGGAGUCAAUAUCUGUUUCAGAUUUAGCAGUAUUUAGUGUUUUGCAUGUUUCCAGCAAAUUUAAGGAGAUUUCUUCAAAAAAACCUCCAACAAACAUUGCCCGAUGGAUGAAGUUGAUACAGGCCCAAGAAUUUGUGGGUAAGGCUCUUAGAGAAAUACCAACAGAUGUUCUGGAAAACCUUACUAAGGCAAGGAGAUCUCCAGCAAAUAAAGAACCUGGGUCUGGACGUCUAGCUGAGGGCAAGUUUGUUGAACUACCUCAUGCUGAAAUGAGUAAAGUCAUUGUGAGAUUCCCUCCUGAAGCUUCUGGGUAUCUUCACAUUGGUCAUGCCAAGGCAGCUUUGCUGAAUCAAUACUAUCAGCAAGCCUUUAAUGGAAAACUCAUUAUGAGAUUUGAUGACACAAAUCCUGCUAAAGAAAAUGCUGAAUUUGAAAAGGUUAUCUUAGAAGACGUGGAAAUGUUAGAAAUAAAGCCAGACAUGUUUACGCACACAUCACAGUAUUUUGACCUAAUGUUAGAAUACUGCGAGAAGCUCAUUAAGGAUGGCAAGGCAUUUGUGGAUGAUACACCAGCUGAACAGAUGAAAAAUGAAAGGGACCAAAAAAUCGAAAGCAAGAACAGAAAUAAUUCUGUUGAAAAGAAUCUGCAAAUGUGGGAAGAGAUGAAAAAGGCAAGUUCCAUAGGAGUGCAGUGUUGUGUGCGCGCCAAGAUCGAUAUGCAGUCAGCCAAUGGAUGCUUGCGUGACCCCACUAUCUAUCGCUGCAAGCCGGAAACUCACCCGCGUACUGGCAGGAAAUAUAAAGUUUACCCGACAUAUGACUUCGCUUGCCCAAUAGUAGAUGCUAUAGAAGGAGUAACUCAUGUCUUACGUACUAUGGAGUAUCAUGACCGUGACCCCCAAUUCUAUUGGUUCAUAGAUGUUCUUGGACUGAGAAAACCAUAUAUUUGGGAGUACAGCCGGUUGAGUAUGACCAACACGGUGCUAUCCAAAAGGAAACUUACAUGGUUUGUGGAGCAAGGACUGGUUGAUGGAUGGGACGACCCGCGCAUGCCGACGGUGCGCGGCGUGCUGCGGCGCGGCAUGACGGUGGAGGCGCUGCGCCAGUUCAUACACGCGCAGGGCUCCAGCCGCUCCGUCGUUUUCAUGGAGUGGGACAAGAUCUGGGCCAUCAACAAGAAGGUCAUCGACCCUAUAGCUCCUCGCUAUACGGCUCUCGAAUCAAAACCAGUGCCAGUAAAUCUAAAAGGAGUAACUUCGGCCAGCACUUUGACUGUGGCAUUGCACCCUAAAAAUCUAGACGUAGGUUCAAAGACCGUUUGGGUGGCUCCGCGCUUGCUUAUAGAUCAGGUUGAUGCUGCAACGUUAAAGGAGGGAGAGAACGCUACAUUCAUCAAUUAUGGGAACAUCAUGAUUGACAAAAUACAUAAGGCGGCAGAUGGUACUGUGACUAGUAUUGACGCUACACCCAAUUUAGAAAACAAGGACUACAAGAAAACCUUAAAGUUGACGUGGUUAGCUGAUACCCCGCAAUCACCAAUGGUGGAGACGUAUUGUGUAUUUUACGAUCACAUUAUAUCCAAACCUGUUCUUGGAAAGGAUGAGGAUUUCAAGCAAUAUAUUGGACAUCAAACAAGGUGGGAAGUGCCUAUGUUGGGUGAGCCGGAACUGGCUAAAGUGCGCGUGGGCGACAUCAUCCAGCUACAGAGGCGCGGGUUCUUCCGCGUGGAUGCUGGCGCUGGACCGCGCUCGCCGCACACCGGCCGCACCGCGCCGCUCGUGCUGCUGCACGUCCCCGACGGACACAGCAAGGAGAUGCCGGGCCAGCCAAAAUCAAUUCAAAUAACUCAGGCUAAGCAAUCAGUACCGACUGCGGCGUCAACUGGCAAUUCGGAUAAAUUGAACGAGGAUAUCACGAAACAAGGCGAGCUGGUGCGUUCGCUCAAGGCUGCCAAGGCUGAAAAAGCCAAAGUAGACGAGGCUGUCAAGAUCUUGCUGGACCUGAAAGCCAAAUUCAAGGUUGCGACGGGACAGGACUGGAAGCCUGGAGCAGCACCAGCACAGAAUAAAUCGCCAGUCGGUGAUGCCUCUACUUUGAAUCAAGAGAUUACGAAGCAAGGUGACCUGGUGCGAUCUCUAAAGACCGCCAAGGCGGAUAAAACCAAAAUCGACGAGGCCGUUAAGGUUCUAUUGGACCUUAAAGCGAAAUACAAGGCAGUUACUGGACAGGACUGGAAACCUGGCGCUGCACCAGCACCUUCGCCAACUUCGACACCGUCUGGCGACGCGUCAGAUUUGAACCAACAAAUUACUCAACAAGGCGACUUAGUACGUUCCUUAAAAGCAAGCAAAGCCGAUAAGACGAAGGUCGACGAAGCCGUGAAAGUCCUUUUGGAUCUUAAGGCGAAGUAUAAGACUGCUACUGGACAGGAGUGGAAGCCAGGUGCAGCACCAGCAGCUGUUUCGGCUGCCCCACCGUCUGGUGAUGUUGCUGCUUUGAACCAGGACAUCACUAAGCAGGGUGAUCUCGUCCGAUCGCUAAAGGCCAAUAAAGCUGAAAAAGCAAAAGUCGAUGAAGCUGUGAAGAUACUUUUAGAACUGAAAUCGAAAUAUAAAGCUGCUACCGGACAGGAGUGGAAACCCUCACCACAGCAGACCAACGCACAUCCUUCCCCGGCGCCGCAACAGUCCAACGCGGAAGUCGACGCCUUACUGUCAGCUAUCAGUGUUCAAGGAGACAAAGUCCGGCAGCUCAAGUCGGCAAAGGCGGAGAAAUCUGUCGUAGACGUAGAGGUUAAAAAUCUACUGAACUUAAAAGCACAGUACAAGUCCAUCACCGGCAAGGAUUGGUCACCAAACGCCGCUCCUUCAAAGGAAGUCAGCAAAAACACGAAAAAGGAAGAAACCGCGGUUCCACCCAAAAACACUAUGGAAGAGAAGGGAAGUGCUUUGGCAGCGGAAAUUACUCGCCAAGGAGAUCGUGUCAGGGAGCUAAAGGCCAAUAAGGCGGAUAAGGCUGCUAUUGACGCUGAAGUUAAGAAGCUUCUAGAAUUGAAAGCGCAGUACCAAGCUGAAACCGGCACAGCUUAUGCUGCGCCCGCUCAAUCGAAGGAAACGAAGCCCAAAGAAAAGAAAGAGAAGCCUAAAGAAGUGAAGAAGGAAGCCAAGGCGAAAGAACCAUCACCGAAACCUGCGAAAGAGGAGUCAUCUACCGGUGUGAAGAAAGUUACCCGUCUAGGUCUGGAGGCGAGUAAGGAUACAGACCUUCCCGAAUGGUACUCGCAGGUCAUCACUAAAUCGGAGAUGAUAGACUACUAUGAUAUCUCCGGCUGCUAUAUCCUGCGGCCGUGGUCGUACAGUAUAUGGGACCAGAUUAGGAGCUUCCUCAGUCCAGAGCUGAAAAAACUCGGCGUCAAAGAUGGAUACUUCCCCAUAUUCGUGUCUAAGGCGGCGUUGGAGCGCGAGAAGACGCACAUAGCGGACUUCGCGCCGGAAGUGGCGUGGGUCACGCACUCGGGCUCUUCCGAGCUGGCCGAGCACAUCGCCAUCCGGCCCACCUCCGAGACCGCCAUGUACCCGGCGUACGCGCGCUGGAUCCAGAGCCACCGCGACCUGCCCUACAGGCUCAACCAGUGGAACAACGUGGUCAGAUGGGAGUUCAAACAGCCGCAACCGUUCCUUCGUACGCGUGAGUUCCUGUGGCAAGAGGGUCACACGGCUUUCCGCACACCUGAGGAGGCAGGGGAAGAAGUCCUACAAAUUUUAGACUUGUACGCGCGAAUCUACGAAGAGUUGCUUGCUAUCCCCGUGAUAAAGGGCCGCAAAACGGAGAAGGAGAAAUUCGCUGGCGCCGAUUAUACGACAACCGUAGAGGCGUACGUGCCAGCUAGCGGAAGAGGCAUACAGGGUGCUACAAGUCACCAUCUCGGCCAGAACUUCUCGAAGAUGUUUGAAAUCGUAUACGACGACCCUGACACACAAGAGAAGAAAUACGUGUACCAGAACUCGUGGGGAAUCACUACCAGAACUAUCGGCGUAAUGAUCUUGGUGCACGGUGAUGACAGAGGUUUAGUGCUGCCGCCCCGUGUGGCCGAAAUACAAGCCAUUGUAGUGCCCUGUGGUAUCACUGCCUCUAGCACCACCGAAGAACGGAAGAAGCUGAUCGACUCAUGCAAGGAGCUGGUGAAUGACCUCGUGAAGGCUGGUAUCAGAGCCGAUGGAGAUUACAGGGAUAACUAUUCGCCGGGUUGGAAGUUUAAUCAUUGGGAAUUAAAGGGUGUCCCCGUUCGAGUGGAGUUGGGCCCGAAGGAUAUGUCUCGCGGCGAAGUGGUGGCUGUACGUCGGCUCACUGGUGACAAGCGCACAAUCAAACGGGACGCGGUCGCCACCGAACUCAUCGCAUUGCUCGAGAAGACCCAUGAUGAGAUGUUUGAAAGGGCAACAAAAGAAAGAGAUUCACGACUAUCAUUGGUGACUAAAUGGGAAGAAUUCAUCUCAGCAUUGGAAUUAAAGCAUUUAUUGCUUGCACCAUUCUGUGGUGAUAUACCAUGUGAAGACCGUAUCAAAGGUGACAGCGCAAAGACAGAUGAUGAUCCUACUGCAGAAGUUAAAGCUCCUGCUAUGGGUGCUAAAUCCCUCUGUAUACCAUUCAAGCAACCUAGAGAGCUUACUGAUACGGACCAAUGUAUACAUCCUUCAUGCAAAAACAAGCCUAAGUUCAUAACAUUGUUUGGCAGGAGUUAUUAA